AUGGAUUUUGAACUCUUAUAUCGGAUAGCACAAGAACUCCUGACGGCGCCUGCUACAAGUGUCAGCUCUGAAAGAGUGUUUUCUAUUGCCGGUGUUUAUCUAAAUAAUCCUCGUCGUCAACGGAUUUCUGAAGACACGGCUAUUAAACUUCUCAAUAUUUCAUGUAACCAGGAUCAUGUGAGGCGAAACACAUGGCCAUCAAGUAAAGAAGCACGUUACGGUUGGAGAACUGCUUAUUCCCGCUAUGCAGAUCUAUCACAAAAUGAGUGUGCCGAGGACGAAGGCGAAAAUGAAUGGUUUGCAAUUGAUUCGGAAGAUAAUUCUGGA